AAUACAAAUACUGUUCUGUUAUAUAUAUCCGCUUUUGAUGCAAGCUGAGUUAUACUGAAAUAUAUAAUUUGGACUUUAAAUCCCUUUUUGUCGUUUAUAAACAACGAGUAUGAUUAAUCUUAUUUCUGCGUAUGUUUGGUGUAGCACAUUUCUUUUGAUACGGGCGAAUGGUGACGGAAUUUGUUCAAAGGGAAUCAAUGUAGACGGUUCACCAGAAUGCUGUGUAAAUUUCUACAAUGUUGGAAACGAGUGUAGAGAGUGUCCCCCUGGAUAUUACGGAGAUAAUUGUUCCAGUCCAUGUCCGACACCACAAUAUGGAAUGAGAUGCUCUCUGAAAUGUGACAAUUGUUCAAACUGUAAUCACAUAUAUGGAUGUGGAGACGCUAGAGAGUCGGAGACAAAUACAGUGGACCAUUUGAUGUCCCCAGAGUCUACGGUGAAAGUUACAGAAAAUGGAACGCGUGGAGGAAAUGGUAACGAGACGUCUGAAUUUCACUUCAAUGUUAUUUUUACAGCAAUCGUAAUAACAUCCGGGACACUAAUAUCCUUGGUGCUAAUACUAAUAGUUAUAGGAGACUUAUACAGGCACAAGAAAUUUUCAGAUCUUAGGAAUGCAAAUAAAUUGCCGUGUAGAACGCAUGAAGUAGACGACACUUACACAGAAAUUAAUGAGUUCAUGCCUAAUGUAGUUUUACCCGAGGAUAACGAGAUUACAGGUUCAAAGGAAUGUAUCAGUAAUGGACAUCCACCUUUCACUGAGAUAGAAGAAACCGGAUGUGAAGAAUAUGUUUUAUAGCACUAUGUGUAAAGAGAAAGUUAUUUCAAAGGAUAAAACCAGACAGGUUAAUAAUGUAAACAGUGUUUGAAAUAGCAAAGAGAGGAACAAGGAGGAAUCGUAUUUUGACUUACAAAGUAUCACAAGCACUGUGAACUGUUUUGGACUGAAGGAUAUGAAUAACAGUUUUGAUAUCUUUUAUGCUGCUGACGUUUAUGUAAAUGACAAAACUGAAAUUACGUACUUUUAAUAUUGCAUGGGAAUUAAAUCAUGUUUAAAUAUUUUAACAAGUCUACGAAAUGAUUUAAACUUUAGCGCACAU